AUGGUGCUUCAUCGGGCCAUCCAGGCGGCUCGAGCGGGGGAUCUCGCAGCCCUGAGGCAUCUGGCGUCAUCUGGUCACCUCUCCCCGGCCAUCAGCGAUGCCCAAGGUGCUGGGCCGGUGCAUCACGCUGCCAGGUGUGGGCGCCUGGACUGCCUGCAGUUCCUGGUAGGCGAGCUGGGACUGGCGGCUGAUCCCAGGGCCUUGAACAGGGCGACACCAGCACAUGAUGCAGCAGCUACUGGCAACAUCCGGGAGCUGCAGUGGCUCGUGGACCAAGGAGGCUGCAACAUUGAGGACAGAGAUGCUGCCGGCGCCACGGCUCUUCACCUCGCCGCUCGGUUCGGGUGUGUUGAGGUCAUUAAGUGGCUGCUUUCUGUUGGGGGAGUGGCUGGUGUGGAGACAAACUGUGGAGCUGUACCUGCUCACUAUGCUGCUGCCAACGGAGACCUCACCUCCUUAAAACUACUCAUUCAGGAGGCACCACGGUGUGUGAACCACCAGACAGGUAUCGGUGCGACCCCACUCUACCUGGCCUGCCAGGAAGGACACCUGCAUGUCGCCGAGUACCUUGUGAAGGACUGCGAGGCUGACGUCCACCUGAGGGCCCAUGAUGGCAUGACGUGCCUGCAUGCUGCUGCUCACAUGGGCCACCAGGCUGUGGUGGUAUGGCUGGUGACCUGCACUGAUGUGAGCGUGUCCUGCCAGGACAGAGAGGGAGCUACUGCUCUGCAUUUUGCUGCCAGCAGAGGGCACUAUUGCAUCUUGAAGAAGCUGCUUCACAUGGGUUCAAAGGUCAUCAAGGACUACUGGGGAGGAACCCCACUUCAUGAUGCUGCAGAGAAUGGAGAGCUGGAGUGCUGUGAAAUCCUGUUGGCCAAUCAAGCAAACCCUUCAGAUCAAGACAUUGAUGGCUUCGCAGCGGCAGACUUGGCAGAGUACAACGGACACUAUGAAUGUGCCAGAUAUCUCCGUGCCAUGGAGAAAAACACAUCCUGUGCAGAUAAACCCAUCGAGGUAAUCGCUCCCUUGGAGGAGGAGGUGAAGGUGAAGCCAGCUGUGUUAGUUCAGCGCAGCAGGGAGGAUUACUACGGCAGCCUGAGUGGCACAUGCAUGGACAGUCACAGCAGUAGCAUACACAUGGAUAGUUUAAAGCAACCAGAGAGUGAAGAGUCCCCGCAGGCCAGAUACCCUCAGGCCCCUCCUGCACCCUCUGCUUCGUCGUCCCCUGCUCAGCCUCAGAAGACGGCUGUCAACAGAAUAGAGCAGGUUCAGAUCGCAACAUCUGUUAUUAAAGGUUUCAAUCAACCCAAGGCCGAUGGGAGUGAGAAAACUGUCUCUGCUGAUAAGAUAGCGUUGCCUGAUGCAAACCUCCUGGCUGAAAGAAAACUUCUUGGCGACAUGAAGUCCAUUAAAUCUUUGAAACAGUCUGGAAUAUCAGGAGUCUUUACUGGACAAGCAAACAAGAUGGUGGUCCUGCCCACUGAGGAGGCCAACCUGUCAGACAUUGACUAUCUGGUGCCCACCCAUGACGAGAGGGGCCGGCCCAUAGCUGAGUGGAAGAGGCAGGUCAUGGUGAGGCAGCUGCAAGCCAGACUGCUGGAUGAGGAGGAUCAGAGGAGGAAGGAAAACAGGAACAGAUAUGCCAAAGUGAGCUGGAGGUACUCCCAAGCCCACAAUGCCAUCCUGGGGCCCUCUGGUGAGCUGCUGACUGAGGAUGAUCUCAUCUAUCUGGAGCAGCAGAUUGCCAACGUCUCCAUGCAGAGGAACUGUGAAGGCUACGAGCUGGAGCUAGCUCGUCUGGCCGAGGAGCUCAGACACAUCCUGCCAGCCCCCAUCGUCAACAUCACCGUCAACACCCAGUUCAGAAACUUCACGAGUCAAGUUCCCCUACCUGUGUGGUGUGGCCGAAUCUCAGGCAUCGUAAAAAGCAUGUCCUUGCUCAUGACCAACCUGACCGACCAGCCCUACUGCAAGAUGCCCAACACCGACCUGAUCACCGUGUUUUCUCAGACGCCACACAGACAGAACUCCACCAGGGGACGCAGGGAGAGGAUAGAGGAUGAAAUCCACCAGUUUGGAGUGUCUGUGAGGACUCUGAAGUCAAAUUUUGAGACUCAGAACUCGUCUUUGUCUGAUGAGCCGGUGGAGGAUGUCCUGUUAAGUUCUUCCACACAGCUUGAGGCCCCAAACUCAGAUAGGCAGUCUAAAGUGUUGACUCCAGCCCUAGAAACAGACCAGAACAGUGACUCUGGCAUCGACUAUGAUGAAAAUGUUGCAGAUGUUCUGGAGACCACCAGUCUCAGAAAGGAGCGUAUCGUUGUUCUGUUCUUGGGCCACUGGAAGAAAUCUGCCUACACUGUAACACUGAAGAGCAAAGAUGCAGCAGAGAGGAAGAUGAGCGGCGGAAAUUCAGAUAUGGGUGACAAAUCAGACUCUGGGGGCAACUUGGAGAAUGCCCAGUCAAAGAUGAUGAACAGCUCCCUGGGACAUUUCUUUAAGCAGAGGAGUGCUGUCAACAAGAUGCUGGGAAACUGGAGGAACAUGAUCUCCAGUGUUCCUUCCAGACAGAUACGCAGGCUCCACAAGCAGCAGGCCCUCUACUCUCCAGAGCAGUUCUUGCCUCGGCUGGAUGGCGUCCCCGUGGAGUACGACAACCUGACCCUGGAUCUCUUCAUGCUUGGCUAUUUCCACAUCCUGGAGCUGGAGCUGCCUGUGGACGAACGCAAAAUGAGGCACCUGCUGUGUUUUGAGGUGUUCGACCACGUGGGGAGCUUCCCCUGGGAGAUGGUCAGGGACUUCCACAAGGCCGUCAUACAGGACAUCGAGGCUGGAAACCGCGAGUGGAAGGACGGCUUCGAGGACAUUAAAGUAAAGUUCUUUGGAAACACCAUGAGCCCGUCUGAAAGCACUGUGGAUGUGGUGAAACACAGCCUCCCAGAGGUUAGACGGGUCCCUAAAGUCAUUGUGCAGACACCUACACCUGAUGAGGGGAUGCUCUACAGAGGAACUGACAUUUCCAGUUUCAGCAAUGAGGAAAUUUGCAAAUAUAUCGAUCGUAGUUUUGCUUUUUGGAAAGAGAAGGAGGCAGAGAUUUUUGAUUUUGAGUAGUGGCUUAUGUCAUUUUUUAAGAUAUUUUUGUAUGCUUUAUAGUUGGAUGACGUAAGGGCUGGGUAUCAAACCUGAGAACCUUGUGAAUUGUGAAUUGAACUGUUGGUUGUCAUAGUUGGCUUACAAAGCUUAGCCAGAUUCUUAGUCUUGUUUACUUUUUAUUUUGAUUUAAUUUUGCCUGAUUUUAAUUAUAAUUUUGUUAAUUUUAUACAAUUUUCU